AUGCAAAAAGUGGAAUUUAUCCCUUCGCGUGUGGGCAAACAUCCUCUUCUCAUGUUCAACAAAUACACGUACAAAAGAAAUUAUGCAUCAAGCAAUGGUAAUGCAAUAUGGUAUUGCUCCAGCCGUAUGAGAGGAUGCAAAGCGUUUGUUAAAAGAGUUGGAAGCGAUUAUAUCAUUGGAGAUAGACCUCAUCCUCACGCCCCGCCCUCUUAUGUCAAAACAAGUAACGGUGUAUGGCGGAGUACAUUCCUUCCCGCUUGGGUAUCCAUCCCUUACUCAUGUUCAAGAAGUAUACUUAUUUUAAGAGAGGCGGCAACCAGCUUGGAGAAACUCUCUGGUAUUGCUCGAGCCGGAGAACUGGCAGCGGAUGUGACGCCUUCGUCAAAACAAAAGAUGACAAAUACCUUUUUGGAAAUCUAUCACAUUCCCACGAACCUCCUGCUUACACCAAAACAGAUUAUGGUGAAUGGAUUCGAAAAAAGACCUAACCUUUGCACUCCUGGAGAUAAUGAAAUAGAUGAAGCUAUCGCGAAUGGACAUCAUCUGAUGAUGCGCGUUCAUCGAUUAAGCGACGAACGCCUGACGGCAUCUACCAUUACGGGGACGUGGCUCAUUCGCAUAAGCCCCCCAAUUAUGUCAAAAGUCCAAGCGGUGAAUGGAUCAGGUUCUAAAGUCGAAUUCAUUCCUUCCCGGUCGGGUGUACAUUCUCUUCUAAUGUUUAAGAAGUACACGUACAACAGAAGCCGUAGCAACAUCCACGGCGACACCCUGUGGUACUGUUCCAGCCGAAAAUCCGGAUUGUGUCUGCUACCACCUACGAAAGGGAAGCACCCACGUCUAAUGGUAAAUAGCUACACAUACAAACGGCAGUGGCAGUGCAAUUCGGGCAAAAUCAUCUGGUACUGUUCGAGCAGGAAUCACGGUUGCAAAGCGUACGUUCACACCCUGGAUAACAUUCUCUCAUAUGGACCAGCCACUACCACUACUAAACAAUCACUAGACAAUGGCAACGCAUCAGACGAUGACGUCAUCGAAGUUGUCGUGGAUGAAACACCAAUAGAGAUCCUAUCAGAUGGCGAAGAAUUGGAAUUAGAGAAGAUCCACCGACCAUUUACUCAACAAACUUUCGAAUUUACUACUCCUCAGACACCUGAAUCCACCUUUACAGAGCGAAGGGAAUACUCAAGUGAUCCAUUGAUAGGUUUAGCAGCUGAUAUUAACGAUAUUUUGAAAAAUGUAGGUUUAGAACCGAGUCGGUCUAUUACCAGUGACGCCUUAGAAAGCAUUAGGGAGAAAGAAACUCCUGUCGAACAGACAGUAGACAGAAUGGAGGUCGAUAGUUCAAAAGAUGAAAUGAAUGAGGAAAUUAACGUUGACAUCAUAGACAAGAGUACUGAGAAUGACAUUGAUACAAUCAGUACUUCUGUAGAGCCUGAAAACCCCGAAGUUCCUAAUAUACAUUGCAAUGAAGAUGCAAAAAUUUUGGAGCCUCUCGUUAAUUAA